GCCGGAAGUUGGCGGCGACUCAGCGACGAGCCUGGUUGUCUGGCUGCACGGAGAAGUCUCUUCCUGCUGCGCAUGCAAUGGACACCCAGAAGGACGUUCAACCCCCAAAGCAACAGCCAAUGAUAUAUAUCUGUGGAGAAUGUCACACAGAAAAUGAAAUAAAAUCCAGAGAUCCAAUCAGAUGCAGAGAAUGUGGAUAUAGAAUAAUGUACAAGAAAAGAACUAAAAGGUUGGUGGUUUUUGAUGCUCGGUGAAACAUGGGAAUUCAGAUGAAUGUCUUCAUUUGUACCUGGAUUUGCCUUGUUAAUGUUUCUCGUUGUACAGCUUUUGGUUUGGUAUACUUAAUCUUUAUGAAUGUAGUUAUAUACAUGUAAUUUCAUUUAAAAAAACAUAUUGUAUUUAGAUACCUAUUAAUACUGUGUAUAAAGGAAUUUUUGUGUUCAACUAUAUGACUUUUAAUUUUAUUGUAUAAUCUAAUUUGACAUACAAUGAAGGUUAAAAUUGUUUCUCCAAACCACACUUUUAACCAAAACCUAUAGUCAUCUGCGAUCCUUAUUAAACAUGCAGGUUUCAGGAGCCCUCUGUAGUUCUGAUUAAAUACAUUUCUUGGAAACCACUGUUCUGUGUCACCCCGCUUAUAAACUCUCCAGCAUCAUUUGGUGCACCAUGUAUCAGUGUACUUGCAGUUGGUGUGUAUAUAUCAUUUUGAGUUUGAUAGUCUCACCUAUUAAUAUAUUCCCUCUGUUUCAGAAUUCCAUCAUUGUAAACCAUAGCCUCUAAUGUUCAUUUUAAAGAUUAGGCAUAGUCCAACUUUAUUAAUAGCUGUGUCGAUUUCUGACAUGGAAAAAAUUAUCCAUGUCAUUUAUUGAAAAAUAUUUUUAAGGUAGCACCCUCAUAUACUAGAUGCUAUACAUUUAUUAUGUGCUGUGUGAAGUACUACCAUGCCCAGAUUUAUUUUUUUAGUUUAUUUAUUUCCUCUGUAAACAAGAGUGACAAAGAUAGGUAGAAAGACAGCACCCUCGGUGAGGUCUCAACACAGCAAUCUACCCACAGCCCCUUCCAGCCUGGAUCCUGGGCGUGUUUGCAUACCCAGCAUACUCAGAAGUUCCCGGGAGUGAAUCAACUUUCCUGUGUACAUCACCUUUGUAUGGCAUCAUUUUUACUGUUGUGUCACCAUCCAGCCACCAUUU